GUGUAUCUUCAGCGGGCCCCACAUGUUUCGCCAAGGCCUCGUGGAUUACGUGAGGCACUCCGGCCUUGUCUCUAAUAGCUUGGUCUUCGUACUUCUCUGGAGUAUCGUCCAGGGAGUUGAAGAACUCUUGAGGGUGGUAGAUCUGCGGAGGUCGAAAUUUCAGGUAGUCGAUCCGGCGGAUCCGGCGCUCAAUGGCCUUGGCGCCGGCGAGCUGCUCGAGUGUCUUCAGCUGCAGCGAUAAAGGUGCCUCGGCAUUCGCACGCUCUCCGGCAUAUCUCAAGUGGCUUGCUUGAGCCUUGUACUGGGUUGUGGGGUUGUCGUCGCCGUCGUCGGCGGCACCUGACGUGAUCGUUGGACACGGGUAUUUGAGGUCCUCUUGAAAGAUGUCUAUAAUUGUCGAUGCCAGCACGGCUGUCGCCUCAGACAUUAGGAAUCCCCGC